UCCUCUCUUUCCUCCACCAAUUCUCAUCACCAUAACCAAAAAAACUUCCACAUUUCCUUCCUUUUUCCUCCCUUCUUUUUUUCCCUUCUCCUCCUCAACAACCAUGAUGACAACCUUAAAAUCCGACCAACUCAAACAACUAAAAGACAUAUUCAUGCGUUUCGACCUCGACAACGACGGCUCCUUAACUCAGCUAGAACUCGCCGCUCUCCUCCGUUCCCUCGGUCUCAAACCCGGUGGUGAUCAACUCCACGUAUUACUUGCGAAAAUCGAUCAUAAUGGCAAUGGUUCUAUCGAAUUCGAUGAACUCGUAAAUGCCAUAAUGCCUGAUAUGAAUGAAGAUAUAUUGAUGAAUCAAGAUCAGUUAAUGGAGCUUUUUAGGUCGUUUGAUAGGGAUGGUAAUGGUUAUAUAACUGCUGCGGAACUAGCUGGACAAAUGGCGAAAAUGGGACAUCCGUUAACGUAUAGAGAAUUGUCUAAUCUCAUGCAAGAAGCUGAUACGAAUGGUGAUGGUGUUAUAAGUUUUAAUGAGUUUGCUAAUAUUCUUGGAAAAUCUGCUACGGAUUUUCUUGGAAUAAAUACUGUCUCCGAACCGGUGGCUUAAUUAUUAAUUUUCGGUAUGUUUAUAAGGUGGCCUUUCGUGUAAAUUUCUAUGUUGCUCGUACUCUAUAAAAAUGUUGUCGCAUGUGAUGACAGUUUUGGAGAGUCCGAGCAACAUAGGUUAAUUUCAUCCAACAUGAACAUGGUAUCAUUGACGUUAAAAUAUUUGAUCUUUUGUUGAACCAUUGUAGUUUGAGAUGUUGGAUGAUUAAUUGACUCGGUCUAAUGGAGACCUUUGUUGUGUUGUAUUUAUGUUGAUAUUUUUUUCUUUUUAGCUUUUUGUGUUUUUACGGUCAGAUUAUAGGACAUUUUAUGACCCAUUAUGUCCCUCGUUGUAUUUGAUUUAAGGAGGAGAAGAACAACUGACGAAGUUGUAAUGUCU